GGCGGAGUGAGGAAAAGGAAAAGGAAGCGGGCAGGCCUUAAAGGGGCCGCAGCCAUUUCUUAAACCUGUUUUCCCUUUCUCCAGUUUUGCAACGACAGGGGCAGAAGAGUGGGCUCCUGGAAGCCACACACGGCUGGAGCGGCCGGGACCGCUGCUGGAGGCGAAGCGCCUACGGGGUAGGCGGAGGCGAGGGGCUGCCCAUCCGAAGGGUGGGGUGUGCGCUCCCCCUGCGCCCCGCACACAUCUGGGUCGGCCCGUGCUCCGGCCGGCUGCGUGCUCUAACAUCUGGGGCCAGGCCGGGCCGGUAGGGUCCAGUGCGCAGGUAGGGCGGCCGAUGCGCCGGGCCGGAGGGUGAGGCCGCGCCGCAAGGCUGGAACAGCGCUGACACCUCCAGAACCGGCCAGGGCGACAAGGGGACCGCCGCGAUGCCGGGCGAAAAUAUCUUCCUGUUUGUGCCUAACCUCAUCGGUUAUGCCCGGAUUGUCUUCGCCAUCAUUUCUUUCUACUUCAUGCCCUGCUGCCCCCUCACGGCCUCCUCCUUCUACCUGCUCAGCGGCCUUCUGGACGCUUUCGAUGGACACGCUGCUCGAGCCCUUAACCAAGGAACCCGGUUUGGGGCCAUGCUGGACAUGCUGACGGAUCGCUGCUCCACCAUGUGUCUGUUGGUCAACCUGGCCCUGCUGUACCCUCGAGCCACGCUCCUCUUCCAGCUCAGCAUGAGUUUGGAUGUGGCCAGUCACUGGCUGCACCUCCACAGUUCUGUGGUUCGAGGCAGUGAGAGUCACAAAAUGAUCGACCUGUCUGGGAAUCCGGUGCUUCGGAUCUACUACACCUCAAGGCCUGCACUCUUCACCAUGUGUGCUGGAAAUGAGCUCUUCUACUGCCUCCUCUACCUGUUCAACUUCUCCGAGGGACCUUUAGUUGGCUCCGUGGGCUUGUUCCGAAUGGGCCUGUGGAUCACGGCCCCCAUCGCCUUGCUCAAGUCCCUUAUCAGCGUCAUCCACCUCGUCACAGCUGCCCGAAACAUUGCUGCCCUGGACGUGGCAGACCGUGCCAAGAAGAAGUGACCCUGGCACCUCCAGUCCUUGGCUGUCCACCUGCCCUGGGAGUCUCACCAUGCCACAAGGCUCCCUCCCCCUCCUAGGAGGUCUCAGUCUCACAUCUUCCUAAUGUGUUGUCCAAACUGCGAGGCUGGGGAUCAGUCUCUCUUUGGUGAUGUCACGUUUUCUGUAAUCCUGAGGAUCGGGCCCAUCCCUGGGAUUCCUAAGGACCUGGACUUCAUAUCAGGAAGGAUGCUCCGGAGACUGCCCAUACAGGCAGUGUUCAUGAGGUACCAGGAGGCCAGUUUGCAGACUGGGCAUUGUCACACCUUGCUGACUCAGCUCUAGCUUGGCUUGAGAUUCUGGGGAUACUUAAGUGAGGGAAGUAGUGUAGGGACCAGGUUUCCCAAAAGGCAGGGAAUCAGAUUUCUGCCCCAGCCUGAAGUUGGGGGGCACCAUGACUGGGAGGGAAGGGACCAUCCAGAUCUUCCUCAUUGCCAUCUUCUCUGACCCUUCUACCCUGGCCUUGAAAGCCUUGGUAAUAAAGGCUGGAGCUUUACUAUUCUGGACUUGGUUUCCUUUGAGACAUUCUUGGAUCAGGGCCUAGGUUGAGGGGAGCUUAGGAAAAAAGGAAGAUCCAUCUGGAUGCUUCUCCAAUUGUUUGCUGGCUGGUUCCUUCCUGUUGUUCCACAGUGCCCUCAAAGAGAGGCCUUGUUGCCACCCAGGCUCAUGCCAUGUCCCCUCUGCCCACUGUUUUAUGUCACCAGCUAUCUACAUUUAUUUGUAUUCUUGAUAUUUUCUACCCUUUCUAGAAUGUAAAUUCCACAGAGGCACAGACUUCUUUUUCCCUUCUGUAUUCCUAGAAUGAAGACCAACCUUCACCUGACACAUAGUAGCUGCUUAAUAAAUAUUCGUGAAUAGA